ACCCGUGCGCUUGCCUGCUACGCUAGCCCGGCUGCGACCAUGCCCACCAUCCACGAGGUGCAGACACUCGCAGGCCACACCGAUCGCGCCUGGCACGUCGCAUGGAACCCGGCUCAACCCACCCUGGCCUCGUGCUCGACCGACAAAUCCGUCCGCCUCUACUCGUACUCGCCCGACCCGACCACCGCCUCCCCCUCGUCCUUCCGCCUCGCGUCCACCAUCCCGACCUCGCACACCCGCACCGUCCGCUCCCUCGCCUUUUCCCCAACCGGCGCAACCCUCGCCACCGCCUCGUUCGACUCGACCGUCGGCGUCUGGUGCCAAACCGAUGAACACGGCCUCGACGACGGGCCCUCGCACUCGGCCGCGUCCAACUGGGAACCCGUCGACCCGCUCGAGGGCCACGAGAGCGAGUGCAAGAGCGUCGCGUGGAGCAACGACGGCCGCCUCGUCGCCAGCUGCUCGCGCGACAAGAGCGUCUGGGUCUGGGAGGCCGUCGGCCCCGCAGACUUUGAGUGCCUCGCCGUCCUCAUGGAGCACUCGCAGGACGUAAAGUCCGUCAAGUGGCACCCGACCGACGAGCUCCUCGCCUCGGCCUCGUACGACGACACGAUCAAGCUGUACGCCGCCGACCCGUUCGACGACGAGUGGACCUGCAUCCACACGCUCGCCUCGCACCGCGGCACCGUGUGGACCCUCGCCUUUUCGCCGUGCGGCACCUACCUCGCCUCGGCCGGCGACGACUGCUCCAUCCGCCUGUGGGAGCGCGUCCCCAAGGGCAUCGUGACGGGCGACGCGGGCGAGGCCCGACCAGAGGACGGCGGGCGCAUGGGACCUUGGAGCGCGACGGGCGUCCGGGUCGGGCUCGGUGAGCGGUACGCGUGGGAGGAGAGGGGCGUCAUCGAGGGCGCGCACGAGCGCACCAUCUACGCCGUCGACUGGCAGAAGGGCGGCGUAGACGAGGGCGAGGGCGGCAGGGGCAGGAUCGUGACGGCGGGAGGCGACGGGCGCAUCAACGUCUUUCAGAUGACCGCGCCACCACCCGACGCUCCCUCAGCCGGGCCCUCCUGGUCCCUCGUCGCGCGCGUCGACGACGCCCACGGCGUCUCGGACGUCAACCACGUCGCGUGGUGCGUCCUCGACCCGGCGCGGGCGGCCGCGACGCUGCGUGCGCUCGAGGGCGGCGAGGACGAGGACGAGCCCGGUCGAGGAGAGGAGGACGGCGACGAGGCGAGGGAGCAGAGGGAUCGGGACGACGGCGCGAGGUGGAAGGGUGCGAGGGACGUGUUUGCGAGUGCGGGCGACGACGGGCUCGUCAAGGUGUGGCGCGUCGAGUCGUAGCUGCUCGCUGCACCUCGUUGCUCUCUCCCUCUC